AGAAGUCCAGCAAAGUGAGGAGGUGAAGAAGAUUGGGUUGUCCUAGCUGAAGAAGAGACCAGUUGCGACUCCACCUGAACCCCAAGGCGAUGGAUAAUGUUAGCGGCGGGCCCGAACCCCAACCAACCGCGGCUCCUCAGAACUCGAACCCGGAUCCAGUUCCCCGAGCCGGUUCUCCAGGUCUGUUAGAGUGCUGUGCCCGCUGCCUGGUGGGGGCACCCUUCGCCUCGCUGGUGGCCACGGCCCUGUGCUUCCUGGGGGUAGCGCUCUUCUGCGGCUGCGGCCAUGAAGCCCUGACUGGCACAGAACAUCUGAUCGAGACCUACUUCUCCAAAAACUACCAGGAUUACGAGUACCUGGUCGAUGUGAUCCAUGACUUCCAGUACGCCAUCUACGGGGUGGCUGGUUUCUUCUUCCUCUUUGGCGCCCUCCUGCUGUCUGAAGGCUUCUACACCACUGGCGCUGUCCGGCAGGUCUUCGGCGACUACCGGGCCACCAUCUGCGGCAAGGGCUUGGGCGCCACGGUAGGCCACAAGGGGAGGGGGCCCCGAGGACACCGGCCUGGCCGCUCCUGGGAGCUGGUGUGUCACUGUGUGGGAAAAUGGCUGGGCCAUCCCGAUAAGUUUGUGGGCAUCACCUAUGUCCUGACCGUCCUCUGGCUCCUGGUCCUGGCCUGCUCGGCCAUCCCUGUCUAUGUCUACUUCACAGCCUGGACCACCUGUAACUCCAUCGCCAACCCCACCAAGACGGCCGCCGGCAUUGGGAACCUGUGCACAGACGCCCGGAUGUAUGGUGUCUUGCCGUGGAAUGCCUCCCCGGGAAGAGUAUGUGGCCAGAGCCUUCUCUCUAUCUGCAAGACAUCCGAGUUCCAGAUGACGUUCCACCUGUUCAUUGCGGCCUUCGUGGGAGCGGCGAUCACUUUGGUGGCUCUGGUGACGUUCAUCAUCGCAGCCACCUACAACUUUGCCGUCCUGAGGCUGAUGGGCCGGGGAACGAAAUUCUAACCUGGCACCUGCCUGGGCCGAGACUCCCUCCCUCUUCAUAAUAAUAAUAACAAUCAAUAUUAUUUGCACCCUGGACUGGUCUUCUAACCGUGAGGCUCUAACCAGGCGGCAGCCGACCUCCUGCUCUAACUGCCCGCCAGCCAAUCGGCUCAUCCCAAUUCGCCGGGGUUGGACUAGAUGACCCCGGGGGUCCCUUUUCAAACGCAACCAUGAUUCUAUGAUCUCACUCGACCCAGCCGGACCCGAAAACGGGAUUAUUCCUGGUCCGGGGAUUUCGUCGGCAUGGAAAACCGACGUUGGAGCGAGAGAGAGGAGGUCCUCAAACCUGUUAGUCCUGCUUUUCGGAGGAAAAAUCACUCCGGCCCUUGAAGAUCCCCAAAAGAAAGUCCUUUUUUUGGAAAAAAUAAUAAUUGCAGUUUUAUUCUCCAAAUGGCAUGAAAUUAUUCUAUGCGAUGACACCAUUUUUUUGUAAGAGGCUAAUAAAAACAUACACGUCAUAUAUAAUGUGAAAACCAACCGUUCUUAACACGGCACGCAGAAAGCCGAGAUAACGAAGGAUAAUGCCGAAAAUAAAUAAAGAAGGACAAAUAACGAAGGAUAAUAUUGAAAUAAAAAUGAAGGGUGAAUUUCACGAGAA